CUUAUUGAUCCCCCCCCCUUUUUCUAGUGCUUUUUUGUUUGUUUGGUUUUGGUUGUUUGAUCUUUUUGAUGGACAUAACCACUAUUUUAUUUACUUAUUUACGAUCUGUGAAGUUGACACUUGAAAAAGUAGCUACCCGGUGAAAUUUCCAAUGCCUGUCACAAUGGCUUCUGUGACAAGCGAUUCGCUAUUGCUUUCUGAUGAAGAUUAUUUAGUUCUCCGUGCCAAGCAAGCAUUCACAGUGGAUCCACACUCUGCUAAGGCAUGGAUGUUGACAGCUAAAACUUUGUAUCCAAACAACUUCGCAGUACAGUUUGAAGCCUAUAACAUAGUUAAGUCAGCUAAAAAUGUGAAAGAAGCAGCCAAAUGUUUUGAAACAUUAUUGCAUCAAUUUCAAGGGGACACAGAGCUCUGGAAUGAAGUUGAGGCUUUGACUAAAGCUCUUAGAUCAGACUGCGGAGAUCCAGAGCCAACUUUUCUUCGUGCGAUGUUUGCAAGCCUUUCCACAGAUGCACAGCAGCAGUUGCUGCAGGUGACUGCGGAUAGGAGCAAGGAUACAAUGGAGCACUGCCGUCUGCUCAUGAUCCUUCUCUCCCGAUUUCCUCAUGCUGUAGCAAAGCAUGGUCCUCGCCUAGUUGACACAUUGCUGUCUGCAGAAAAGCACAGCCAUUUCCAAGGAGCAAACAACUGUUAUCGAAAACUACUUGUCUGUGAGUUGGUUCCUUUAAUGGGAGCCAGCCCAAUUCCUGUUGAGCUCCCUCCACGACAGUUGUAUCGACUGAUGCAUAAGAUGAUAGAAUAUUAUGUGUCAUGCUUGAUGUCUCCAGAUUCUAAUGAACCAGAUCCAUGGGAUAAACUUUUCUUAGGUUUUAGAUCCAUAGGCCUAAUGUUGAAUUGGGACAUGUCCGCUGUCUUUAGUCAACCAUGGGGCCGUGAACACUACUGGCAACAGCUCUUAGACAAGAAUGAGCAUUUGCAUCAACCAUUAGAUCCUGAGAGUCAUGAAGUACGACAACAUAUUCACUGUACAGCAAUCUUUUUCUUACGCUGUUUACAAGAAUACAUGUCUUCCCUGCAAGCAGGAGAUCACCAGCUUAUUUUGCUAGAAUCCUUUGUAAUGACCAUGUCUGAUCGUGAGGUGUCAGAACCACCAGCAAAGCGGCGUAAAGGCGAUGAAACAAUCCCAUUGAUCACUGUUGAUGCACAUACUCUAUUAAAUGCUGGAAGUGCAACAAAUGCCUCUUCGGGAACAGCAAGCAAUGCUCAAAAUAAUCCUGGAAGAGAACGUGCCGUCUCAACUAACGUUGUUAACAAUUUUACUGCAGCUCUCCGUUGCUGGAAUAUGGUUAAUUCUCAAGAGGCAAUUUAUAGAGGAGUUAGUAAACUUCUCCAAGUGCUUGGUGUGGAUCAGUGGCUAGCUGCUUUUCAUCAAGAUAUGCAGCUCUAUCGUGGAGAUGUGAAUGAAAUGGUAAACAACCUUUUGCAGUUUGAAAAACCAGAAAAUCAAGGGCAGAUCCAAAAUUCUACCACAGCCCAGAACAAUAUUAAUUUGGUGCGAAACCUGCGCCUGGCUUCUGCCUUUUUCUAUUUAAGGCAGCUUCCGGCUGCUGUUGACCGAGCACUGCAAGUAGUUAGUAUGUUAAGCUGUUUACCUCCUGGUGGGUCCCUGUCAUCAAAUCUUUUGAAAGCCACCUAUUCCCUGCGUCACAUUCAUUUGCUGCCUCUUUCCCGCACUUGUGUUCUUCAAUACUGUGCACAUCUCAUAUUGUCAGCUCUGCAGCAUUUUGUAUCUCAACCAACUGGUGGGGGUGCUACCACAACAGAGAUUGACAUGUGUGUUGGAAAUAUGUUGGUAUUGCUUCAACUUGAAUUGGGAGACUCGGAACAACCUAUGCCAGGUGCACUUGAUCUACUGGGCCAACUCAUAUCACACAUUCGCUCCCGUCCAUCUUUUUCCUACCCAAUAUUUACCAACUACAUAGUCAAUGCUGAUAUUUUAGAAGAAAUCAUGCAUCUUGCAACAAAGCAAGAUAGCCCUGUAGCUUUUGAAAUUGCUCCUCCAUCCAGCACUCAGUUAACUAGCCAAAGAAGAAUAUCUACUCGAGGUGUAGAUAAAGGUGCCAAGGAAGAUUUUAAGUCUGCUAUGAGACGACAAAUGGCGAGAAGUAGUGAGCCUCUAGAGCCACUCCUCAUUAAAUUUUUAACCAAUGAACAAGAUUAUGUCAAACGAUUAUUAUGGCCCCAAUCUAAAGCUUAUGCACCUAGAAUAUGAAAAAUAUUUAAUUUUCUAUGAAUUUCUUUUAUUUAUGUAUAUGUACAGUUUCGUAAAGGUAAUGAAAGAAAUUUUGGUUCAUACUCUCUCUGUUGUGUACUUCCUUUGCACUUCACAAAGAUGAAACGAUGGUGAGCUAAUCAUGUAUAGAUAUUAAUUUCUUACUAAAGCUUUCCUUUUUGAUCUCGGA